AAAUUAAAUCGAAAUGUUUUCGCGUUUGCUACUAUCCUCCAUUACGCUGCUGCUGUUCAAUGGCUGCUCUGGAGCGCGUAAUUGGGAUUAUGAACCUCUCUCCAUUGAAACCUACAGCUCAGACGAUUCGAAAGCGAAAUUUGAGGCAUGGGUUGAGCGCGAUGGACGGAAUCAUGUGUUUUCGGCUGAACUUACAAUCAGUUACGAAAUGGACGAGAGAACAAUGAUACAGGGGACGCUCUAUAGCAGCUAUUCGGGCUACGAGGAUGACUAUAAGCCACUGCCCUGGAGUAUAGAAAAUCAGACAUUUCAACAAUUUGUUAUCGAUUUUUACACCAACGUGAGCUACGCGAAUUUGAAGCCCUGCUCGAAUCUUCCAGAGCCCGCAAACGCAUACCCAUUUCCCAUGGGAACCUACACUUUCACCAAGUGUGAGGUCAGUGGCGAAGGCUUACCCGAAAUAAUGGCAGAGGGUUACUAUAAGAUUGUUCUCUCAAGUACCGGACAGGUCGACGUUGGUUUUACUGGUAUUGCGAGGGUGACGACGAAAUCUGACUGGAGGUAUUACUAAUUCUAAUCAUUUCUAUCAAUAUCAUGAAUUGUAUAAAAUGAUUAAAUUUCAAGAUUUCAAAUGGAUCGAA